AUAUACCCAUACCCUCACAUUCCAAAACCGAUCAUAAAAAAUGCCUUCUCGGCAAGAAGUCUCCUACUUUGGAGCUGGCCCAGCUCCUCUGCCCACCUCCGUCGUCGAGGCUGGUGCCAAAGCCUUCGUCAACUUCAACGAUUGCGGUCUCGGUCUCGGUGAGAUCUCCCACCGUUCCUCCGCCGCCAACAAGAUCCUCGAUGACGCCAAAGCCAACCUCACCACUCUCCUCGACAUCCCCGACAACUAUGAGAUUCUUUUCAUGCAAGCCGGUGGCAGUGGCGAGUUCAGUGCCGUCGUCCAAAACCUCGUCCCCGUCUGGAUUGAGCGUCGCCGUCGCCGCGCCGAAGCCGAUGUGCUAAAGGCCAACCCCGGUGCCGAGAAGGCUCAGGUGGAUGAAUUGGUAUUCCAGAGACUGCAAAAGGAGGUUGACGAGGAAUUGAAGCUGGAUUACCUGGUUACCGGUUCUUGGUCGCUUAAGGCUUCGCAGGAAGCCGCCCGCCUGGUGGGCUCCAAGUACGUCAAUGUUGCUCUGGACGCCCGGAAAGCCAACGGUGGAAAGUUCGGUACUAUUCCCGCAGAGGAGACUUGGUCAUUGACUCCCACCAAGAAGGAAGGUGGAAAGGGCUCCGCAUUUGUCUACUUCUGUGACAACGAGACCGUGGAUGGAGUGGAGUUCCAGCAGUUCCCCAAGUCAUUGGAGGCUCAGGGUCAAGAUGAGGAAGAUGAGCGUCUGGUCGUUGCCGACAUGAGCUCCAACUUUAUCAGCCGAAAGGUUGAUGUCAGCAAAUAUGCCGUGAUCUUCGGCGGCGCGCAAAAGAAUAUCGGUGUCACUGGCAUCACUCUCGCCAUUGUUCGCAAGGAUCUGCUCCCCCCUCACACUGCCACUCCUCCUCCUGCUCUCCUGCACCGUUUGAACAUUGGUGGUCUGCCCGGCCCUGUCGUGCUGGACUAUGCUACCAUCGCCAAGAACAACUCCCUUUACAACACCCUCCCCAUCUUCAAUCUUUGGAUCGCUGGCCAGGUGAUGGCCGACUUGGUGGGUGUGUUCGGUGCCCAAAAGGUUAGUGGACAGGAAGAGAUCGCCAAGCAAAAGGCAGACCUCAUCUAUGGAGCCCUGGACAAGUACCCGCAAGUGUACCAGGUUGUUCCCGACAAGAGCAUUCGCAGCCGCAUGAACAUUUGCUUCCGUGUUCACGGUGGGGAUGAUGCCAAGGAGAAGGAGUUCCUGGCUGGUGCCGAGAAGCGACUGCUUCAGGGCCUGAAGGGUCACCGUAGCGUUGGCGGUAUGCGGGCCAGUAACUACAAUGCCGUUCCUCUCGAGAAUGUGCAGAAGCUGGCCAAGUACCUUGAGGAUUUCGCCACAAGCAACUAG